AUGCUGCUGCCACGCUCCCUUAUAGUGGGCCUUGUCUUCUGCCUCAGUGGCAUUGAUAUUGCCUCCGCUGCUACCGCAAACCUUCCCAUCGCUGCGCAAUCUGCCGAAGUGGACGCUGACCUAUCGGCCAUUUACUAUGGUUCUUCGUUCCAAAACUCUCUGCUUGUGGGCAACGAUGGAAGCGCUGCUACAGGUGGCGUUCGAUCUUUUAGCCUGACUGAUAUGCAUCAAGUCGCCAGCCGCAUGUCUGGUCGUACCAAGGUUGCUGGUGUCCUGCAUGGUGUCGGACAGAAGGAUCUAAUUGUGUCCAUCGCUGCUCCUGAUUCAAUCGUUCGGGUCUUCGACAUCAAUGGCACCACUGAGAUCCCCUCUGCUCAAAUCAAAGCCCUCGGGGACUGGUCUUCUCUGUGCACAUGGCGCAGCCCCGUCAGUGGCGGACACUACUUUUAUCUGCUUGGAAAGAAAGAGGCGAGGCAAUUCCUCGUCCGUGAGAAGGACGCUGACAUUGAGAUUCUUGAGGUCCAAAGAUUCAACGUUCCUGUCUCAGGUUCUUGCGCUGUUUCCCCCACCAAUGGUGCUGUCUAUCUGUCAGGUGAUGACAACAGCGUUUACACUUUCACGGCCACAGAAUCAACCAAUGCCCCCACAAUCAAGCUCCUGGGACAGGUUGAUGAUGAUGUGACAGGGCUAGCUGUUUACGUUGCGCCUGAGACCGACUACUUGUUUGUGGGCCAGUCCGGUGUUGUCAAUAUCUAUUCACAGAAACUGGAGCUCAAGGGUAGCCUGACCCUUACCGGCGCUGAAGAUAUUGAGACUGCUGGUCUGUCUCUUUACCAGAGUGCUUCUACUCAGUAUCCCGAUGGAGUUCUCGGUUACUCUCUUGAAACUGAUGCUGGCAAGGGCUAUGGCAUUAGCUCCUUGGAGCCGGUUUUCACUGACCUCGGACUCGAACCCAACACUACCUACUCCCCACGGAAUAUUGAUCCCUCCCUGCAGGGCCCUCAACAGAAUGGCUUCGUGGACAGAGAUGGCUCGCUCAAAUGUUUUGCCGGAUUUACAGGCACAAGCUGUACACAGUUUACAUGCCCGAGCUCUUGCUCCGGCAACGGAAAGUGUGUCGGACCCAAUGAAUGCCAGUGCAAUGAUCCCUUCGCAGGCCCUGAUUGCUCGUGGGUUGGAGUUAAGCCCAAGUAUGAGACUGAUGCCAACGGUGGUGACGGUGAUGACCCUGCCAUCUGGAUCUCUCCCGUGAGUGCUGACAAGUCCACCAUCAUCACCACAACCAAAUCGGAAUUGGGUGCUGGAUUUGCUGUUUUCGAUCUUGCCGGAAAACUGCUUCAGACCGUUCCCGCUGGAGAGCCAAACAACGUCGAUGUUAUUUAUGGCUUCCCGAUCGGUGAUCGCAAAGUCGACCUCGCCUACGCGGCAUGCCGGGACGAUGACACCCUGUGUCUCUUCGAAAUCGCUGCCAACGGAACGCUGCAAUCUAUUCCCGGUGGCUCGCAGCCCGUGAAAGCCGACUACACCGUCUACGGCUCCUGCUCCUACCGCUCGCCCAUCAGCGGCAAGCAGUAUCUCUUUGUCAACGAAAAGUCCGGCGAGUACCUUCAAUACGAGCUGACUGCCUCGACCGACGGAACGCUCGCCACUACUCUCGUCCGCACAUUCACCGGCGGCUCUGGUGGUCAACCCGAAGGCUGCGUCGCUGAUGAGGAAAACUCCUUCAUUUUCCUCGGUGAGGAGCCCUACGGUCUGUGGAGAUACGAUGCUGAGCCCAAUGGCUCAUCCACCGGAACCUUGGUUGCGCGUGCCGGCGACGGUACCCUCUUUGCCGAUGUUGAGGGAGUCACACUUCUACCAGGCAAGACGCCAGAGCAAGGAUUUGUCAUUGUCUCCUGCCAGGGUGUCAGCGCUUACUCUGUGUACCGCCGUGCUGCUCCCCAUGAGCAUGUCAUGACUUUCACUAUUCAAACCUCGGCAGAUGGAAGCAUUGACGCGGUGAGCAACACAGAUGGUGUAACCGCAGUUGGAACCGCUCUGAACGCCGACUUCCCCCACGGUCUGCUGGUUGUGCACGACGAUGCGAACCAAUUGGCCACUGGAGGUACUGCUGAACUGGCAUCGUUCAAGCUGGCCAGCAUCGCUGAUGUGUUUGGACAAGAGGGACAGACUCUUUUGGCCGAUAUUGAUGCUACGUGGAACCCGCGGGCUUGA